UCUGGCUGGCAGAGGCCAGGCAACAGCUAAUUAGUUAGCUACUAUUCGACGACAGCCAUAAACAGGUCAAUCUGGCCUAUAGUGGACACUACAUUUCAUACUAACUCAGAACAACGCGGCGUGCAAACAGAUGUUUAAGAGUUCGCAUACAUUUGCGCGUCUUGAGUGCAGUUUGUAUUGCAUCUAGGUAGUUUCUCUUAGCUCCGCGCUACAGAAAGUGCAGCGGCGGGAGACACCUGGAUUCAGCUGCAGAAAGCCAGGCGCGCGAGCACAGACAAGCGAGCCAUCUGCGUUUACAAAUACAGUGUAGCUUUAAAAUAAGUAAAACGCGCCCAGAUCUUCUGCAAAAUGGCAAGACCUUCGAGGAAUAAAAGGGUUGUUGACUAUGCACAAUUCCAAGAGUCUGACGAUGCUGAUGAGGAAUACGUAAAAGAAUCAGAACGAUCUGAGAAAAAGACUGUAAAACGCAGUGAUGAAUCUCGACCCAAGGACCGCAAGAAGGAUCUCAGUGAAGAUGACAAUGACUUUGGAGAGGAUGAGGAAGAUGAUGAUGAUGGUGGUGACAGUGACUUUGAUGCCAAAAAGGCCAGCAGGGGGAGGCAGGCACCAGCUAAACGGAAAAGGGCUGCAGAUGACAGUGAUGAUGAUGGUAAAGUUGUAAAGAAGAAGGGCCGGCAGGUGCGUCAGGCUGCCACUAAAGCUGCAUCCAAACAAAGGGAGAUCCUUCUUGGGGAUGGUGGAAGUGAGGAAGAGGGGGGUGUGGAAGAGGAGGAGGAGGAGGAAGAAGACAGUGACGUUUACACCGGGGAAGACUCGGGUAGUGAUGAAGACUUUAUGGUAGAGGAUGAUGAUGAUGACAGUGAUUAUGGGCGACCCAAACGAAGGAACUCAAAAGUGAGCAGGACAAGCAAAGACAAGAAAUUGCCUAAAUCCAGGAUAAAGGCUUCAGAAGAAAGAAAUUCAAGUUUGGAGCAACAUAAGGGAACCCGAGGACCCAAAAAGAAGAGAGGAAAACGUCAGACAAAGGUGAAGAGAGUUGUGAAGAAGGCCUUGCCUAAAGAAGAUGAUGAAGAUAUUGAGAGCAACAAGGAUGAGGAGGAAGAGGGGCAGGAUGAAGACAAGGAGUCGCCACCCGUCCGCAAGAAGAAAAAGGAUGACGAAAGUGGUGCGGAAGAAGAGAAUAAUGGUGACGGAGAAAAGGAGGAAGAGAAAGAGAAUGAGAAUGACAAAGAGGAGAAGGAUGAUGUUUCUGAGGAGGAAGCUCCAUCAGGUGAAGACUGAAAUCUUUUACCUGUGGGUGAAAAUGUCUGUUAUCUGUCUUUUUCUUAAGGAACAGUAGAAUUUCCGACAAUACUUAGUGUUUUGGAUGUUUGUCUCUCAGCUUGUAAAUACCAUAUCUUAAUCUGUGAAGUAUUGUCAGACCUACCCUAAAUGGUGUAGCUUAAUCCUAAAAAUGGGAUUUUCUUCAACCUAAAUGCUGUCUUUGGUAUUAAUAUUUAUCAAUGUUUCAAUUACAGCCUUGUGCUAUUUUCUGCUUAAAUAAUUUUGUUACAGUUGACCUUCAGUGUAUAACAAUGAAGGAAGAAGAUUGUCAUAUUCGGCCAAAAAAUAAUGCUAUUUUUACUUUUAGAUAAUACUGUAUGGUUUCCUAACUUUGAACAUGGGAAUUCUUUCGCCCUAAAUGCGUUCUUUUGUAUUCAUUUUUAUGUAUGUUUCAAGUUUUGCAUUCUUUUUGCUGAAAUCGUUUUGGUACAGUUAUAACAAAGAAGGAAAAAAGAAUGUUAAACUCUCCCAAGAAAUACAGAUUAUACUAUAUGCUAAUCUGUAUUUCACAAUAACGGGCACCUUACAUUUUUUUUAAAUAUAUUUGAAAUUAAAUCUGUUUGAAAGUAACUGCUUGUUUACUCUCAAGUAAAGCAACUCCCUGACUUUAUAAAUGUACAUGAUCUCAACCCAGCUGCAUUGACUGGUGCAAAUACAGGCUUAUAAUAAACAUAUGCUUGUUAUAAUGAACAUAUGCUUGUUAUCAUGAACUGCACUGGAUUUUUGUGCCUGCAGUUCAGUUACUUGAUGUGUCUUUUGACCUGUCUGCAUUGCUAUAUAAACUGUAAGUUCCAUAGCUUUAGUAUGCUACUUGCUCCACUUUUUGUGCAGUUAAUUCUUGAUUCAGUCUAGUAAAUCAGCUUUUUUGUAUCUGAGCAUUUGAACUAAGAAGACUUUUUUUUUUUUUUUUUUUUUUUAUGGUUGUAUUGAAUCUCUUUCAUGGGUGGCAUGCUUUCAUGGAUGUGGUGCAUCAUGCUCUGAUGAAGUAUUGUAGGAGGAGUCUCAGCCAGAUUGGCCGGGCUCUGUAAAUUAAUGAUUUAAAUCUUGAGAAUGAGUGAUGUCAGAAGUGAGCUAGUGAAGACCUUAUUGACCUCUGUGAUGCUUCAGAAAAUGUUGAUGCUUAUAGAUGCCUUUUUUAAAUGAGUGGUUUAUUUAACCAUUAGAAUGGUAAAACAAAACUGAAUUCAGUGUACACCAUCCGUAGCUUUCUCAGCUUCAUAUUACUAUUUUUAUUGCUUGGAUCUCCAUCCUAAUCUGUAGCCUUUCGGUCUAUAUCAGAAUUUAUCCUAAAUAAAUGUUUGUUUUAAUUACGCUAUUCUGAUUUUUGUAAAAUUUGUUUUACAAGGAAAA